AUGCCAAUGCCCAACUAUUGGAAGAAGCGUCUGAUUCCGCCGCUGUUGUUUGGCCUCAAGCACGCCAUCCUUUGGCAGAUGGUGUUGCUGCCUGUAACGAUGAGCCGCCACCUUCUUGCCCUGGCUGCUGCUCGAACGAGGAUUCGGAAUUUCGUCCCUCUGGAGCACAUGACUUUCUUCCACAUUGCCCUGGGAUGCAUCACGUGCUUCUUCAUCAUCGUUGCCACCAACGUGUUCUCCAUCUUCUUCGGGCACGGCUGCCGACAGCACCUCGGGCAGUUCGGCCACCCUCUCGAGCCCGUCGAUUUCUGCGAGAAGAUGCAGAGCGAGAUCAUGAUCACAGGACUAGGCAUUUUUGUCCUCAUGGUGAUUGUGAUGGUAAGCUCCUUCCUGCGGCGCCACAUGCCGUUCGAGUGUUUCUACGUGCUGCACCAUUUCGUGUUCGUCUUGUUCGGCCUAGCCAUUGCACACACCAUGGACGACCAGGUUCGGACGGCACUCGCGUCGGCAAGAAUCGGUCGCAGGACUUCCGAUUCAUCGCCACGACGCUCAGUUUAUAUUUCUUGGAGCUCUCACCGUGCGGCGCGAUGA